UUUUUUUUUUUUUUUUCCCUCCACAAUAACUCUCCUUAAACCCCUUUUGAAUUAAACACAGAACCCCAGGGCAAAAGCUUCGGCUAAGUGGCAGAUACAGAGAGACACAGAGAAUUCUCUGCUUGGUUCUUGGGAAAAUGGUGAUGGCCAAGCCUAAGUUGUUAUACGAGGAGUCUCGGCAGCAGAGCUUGGAGGAAAAUAGGAAGAAAAUGGCAGCACUCAAUCUGCCUCAGCUUGCCCAGCUGGCUCAUCCAGCCCCUGUGGAGCUCGCGAGGCCUCGUACGUUCGAGAAGCAUCUUGUUCAGGUCCGGAGAUCCACUCGCGUCUCGAAUCAUUCUUCCCCGGUUUACAAAGAGGUUUUUGUUGAACGAGUAAGAAUGCCCAGAAGGUCUUACCGCUCUAGUCGGCAGAAGGGUUUGUGGAACCGAACAAACGCUUCUGCUUCAGAUGAAGCCAGAGCUGCCGCAUUGCAUGAAGCCCAGGAAUUAGUGUCUGGUUUGGGUUCCGAUAACCCGACCAUUGUGAAAACAAUACUCCCAUCUUAUAUCAGUGGUGGAUUCUUUCUGUGUCUUAAAAGACAGUUCUGCAUAGAGAACCUCUCAAAGGGUGAUGAAGUUAUGACAUUGGUAGAUGUAGAUGGAAACGAGUACCCUACUCGAUACUUGGCCCAAAGAUUUGGACUCUCUGCUGGAUGGAAAGAAUUUGCCUUUGCUCAUGAUUUGGUGGAAGGGGAUGCAUUGGUUUUUCAAUUGAUCCGGCCUACUGCAUUUAAGGUGUACAUUGUAAGAGUAAAAAGAUCUGAAGGCAGCUCAGCUGGAUCAGCUUAGUAAAAAGAAGUUUGGGGAUUGGGAUAAGACUUGCAUAUGUUUUGCAGUGAGCUCUAUUUGUUCCUAGAAAGGUACAUGUUUUGUCUAAUAGAAGACACUACAUUGAUGCUAAUUUCCACUGGUGUCCCUGAAGAGAUAUAUAUGACCCCAUGAUGAGCAAAUAUAUUGCAUGUUAUGAGCAUGUGGGUUCAAAGCCUAAAACUUUAUGGUUGCUAAUGGCAAUCAGUGCAAGUAAUUGAUUUAAUUGCCAAUCACAACACCCCAAUUCACUAUAUGCAGGACUUUUCCUUUUCACCACAGAGUCA